UCCUGGUCUCAUUCCGAGCAUUCUUCGCAUCUCUGUCCGUGCGCUGUCGAUUCACGUACACAUAUCCGGCUGGCCCAGAAACACAACAAUAACUUUACACAGUUUACAAAAACUAUAAUAUCCCACAUUAGACAAACAAAGGGGGACGAAUUGUAUUACAAAUAACAAUAACGGAGGUGUUUGAGUUGGCUCAGCCGGGAGUUGGAGAUUUCAGUGGAACAUUUUCGGAGCAGUGCAAAAACAUUCUGCUGAAAGACUUGUUGCUCCAACACCUUUGAUCGUGUAUUUUAUCCAUCGUCCCUUGAAGUCACUGUCUCUCCCUAGUGUGCUCCAGACUUCGGCUUGGAGAUCCCAAGCGCCACCAUGGACCCCAGCAGCUGGAGCGGCAGCGAGAGCCCUGCCGAGGACAUGGAGAGGAUGAGCGACUCGGCAGACAAGCCCCUAGACAAUGACGCUGAGGGGGUGUGGAGCCCUGACAUCGAGCAGAGCUUUCAGGAGGCACUGGCCAUCUAUCCCCCCUGUGGGCGCAGGAAGAUCAUUCUAUCUGACGAGGGAAAGAUGUACGGUCGGAAUGAGCUGAUAGCCCGAUACAUCAAGCUACGGACUGGUAAGACGAGGACAAGGAAGCAGGUGUCUAGUCACAUACAGGUCUUAGCAAGAAAGAAAGUUCGAGAAAUCUCAGCUGCCAUCAAGGUGUCUAGUCACAUUCAGGUUCUUGCCAGAAGGAAAUCUCGUGAGUUUCAUUCCAAGCUAAAGGUUACAAGCAUGGAUCAGACCGUGAAGGACAAAGCCCUCCAGAGCAUGGCCUCCAUGUCCUCGGCUCAGAUCGUCUCUGCCACUGCCAUCCACAACAAGCUGGGCCUGCCAGGCAUCCCGCGCCCAGCCUUCCCCGGAGCGGCAGGGUUUUGGCAGGGCAUGAUAUCGACAGCCCAACCUGGAUCAUCACAAGACAUCAAGCCGUUCACCCAACAAGCAUAUCCCAUCCAGCCGGCAGUAACAACAACGAUUUCAAGCUAUGAGCCCACGUCAGCCCCAGCCCCCACAGUCCCAGCGUGGCAUGGCCGCUCCAUCGGAACAUCCAAGCUCCGGCUGGUGGAGUUCUCUGCCUUCCUGGAGCAGCAGAGAGACCAAGACUCAUACAACAAGCACCUCUUUGUGCACAUCGGACAGACGAACCACUCCUACAGCGAUGCCUUGCUUGAGUCAGUGGACAUUCGUCAGAUUUAUGACAAAUUCCCUGAAAAGAAAGGAGGACUGAAGGAGCUCUUUGGCAAGGGUCCCCAGAAUUCCUUCUUCCUCAUAAAAUUUUGGGCUGACUUGAACUGCAACAUAGAGGAUGAAGCGGGGUCUUUCUAUGGAGUGACCAGUCAGUAUGAGAGCUCUGAGAACAUGACAAUCACCUGCUCAACUAAGGUGUGCUCCUUUGGCAAGCAGGUGGUCGAGAAGGUGGAGACGGAGUAUGCCCGGUUUGAAAACGGACGCUUUGUGUACAGGAUAAGCCGGUCUCCCAUGUGUGAAUACAUGAUCAACUUUAUCCACAAGCUCAAACACCUGCCUGAAAAAUACAUGAUGAACAGUGUCCUGGAGAACUUCACCAUCCUAUUGGUGGUGACGAACAGGGACACACAGGAGACUCUGCUGUGUAUGGCGUGUGUGUUUGAGGUGUCGAACAGCGAGCACGGUGCGCAGCAUCAUAUCUACCGACUGGUGAAGGAAUGAGACUCCUAAACCCCCUGAAUCCUCCCUUUACAUAGACUAAAGAACCUCAAAACAAAGUGGCAGUGCCUCUAGCUGAAAAUCACACAUACACUGCUUUUCGGUCACAUUUUGGGUGAAGCUUAUUGUCAUUCAUUUCUUUGUAUAUUAAUGUAUGUAUUUGAUGUUUGACUGCAGCUGUGAAUUGCGGUACAGUUGUUCUACGUUUUGAUACAGGAGAAAUUCUUCAUUUUAAGGAUGGCGAGUCAAUCUUUGUUUGUAGGAUGUACAUAUAAAAUUGGCAGUAUGUAAGGAAUCUGUUGGUUGGGUUUCAUUUGGUCAACAGACAUGUGUAUGUUGUCUUUUUCUGCUUUGAACUUGUAAUGUACACUAAGAAAACACUAGAAAGAUGUUCGUUUUUUCCCCAUGGGUUCUGUAAACUACUGUCUGUAGUUGAUUUGUGAGUGUAUAGGUCACAGGAGGUUGGUGGCAUCUUAAUUGGGGAGGACAGGCUCGUGAUAACGACUGGAGUGGAAUAAGUGCAAUUGUAUCAAAUACAUCAAACACAAGGUUUCCAGGUGUUUGAUGCCAUUCCAUUUGCUCCGUUCCGGACAUUAUUAUGAGCCGUUCUUCCCUCAGCAGCCUCCUGUGGUAUAGAUAUACAAACCGUACAUAUAUACUUGACCAAUAGGUUUUCCAAAGAAAAGCAUUUAAAAAAAAUAAACAUUUUGGGGAUAAUAAAAUUGCUACACGAAAGUUAGUCGAAGGCAAGUGAUUGUGGGCAUCAUAAUAGUGAAGUUAUUGCUUUACAAAAACAUCUGUUUUUUUCAGGGAAAUAAGAUACCGAUCCCUGUGGACAAUCCACGUCUUAGACACUAACAGCAGAAUGAAUGCACUGUGAUUACACAACAGACGCCUAGUUCAACCUGUGUCUCUGCCUCAGACAGGGCUUACAAGUCUUACAUUGCAAUAAGGAAACCAUACAUCUAUCCUGUUCCAAUGUCCUACGUUACAAACGAGUCCCUCUCUUCUGAGAAGACGGUCAUUAAAAUGGUUUUGAUUCUAAAAACAUGAAAGCACUACUUUAGCUACUCUGAGUGGACUGUCACCUUGUCCUAAGCACUUGGUUCCCCUUCUAGGACAUGACAAUUUUAACUUUUAUGUUUUUCUUUCAGAUCUGCGGUUUAAGGUUUUAGGAUAUCCUGAAAUAAUCGUGAGAAAAUGGAUCACUUCUUAGACAGUGGGCUGUGUUAAGUAUGCAGUUUAAUUGCCUCUGAACAGAUUAUGCAUUUUUUCAAUCUCUGAUUUUCUUUCAUUUGUUCUGGUCAUUUCAGUGUAAUUUUUACAAUCUCUGAUUUUCUUUCAUUUUUUCUGGUCAUUGCAGUGUAAUUUCUACAAUCUCUGAUUUUCUUUCAUUUUUUCUGGUCAUUGCAGUGUAAUUUCUACAAUCUCUGAUUUUCUUUCAUUUGUUCUGGUCAUUGCAGUGUAAUUUCUACUAAGUCCUAGCCAGUGUUGCUGCCUUUACGUUCACACCACCCCAUGAGUCUGUGGCCUACACCAAUUCCGAGCCUUAAACAUGUUACGGACGUGUGAAUUCCAAAAGAUGCCACUAAAGCUGUGAUCUUUUUCCUAAACUGGGUGACUAAUUUUCACAUUUUGUAGGAAUUCUACUACAGUACAAUCUGCCAAAGUGUAACAGUGUACAGUGCCUUAGUGUAUGGUGUCAAACUGGCCUUGGUUCACUUUUAAGAAUGUAUUUUGUUUUUAACAUAUAAACAUUUAACAUAUAAAAUCACUCGCCAAUAUACAUAUUGGUACAAAAUUUUACCACACACACGAGUUAAACUGAGUUACUUUUUAACAUAAAUAAGAACUGACUUUGCCUUUCCUGUUCUGAAAGACCAAAAAUACAGAGAUACGAUCUCUAGUCAUGUCCUGCACUGUAACAUGGAAGUGCCUUUGGUUUAGAAUCUCCAGCUCUGAAAAUACUAAAUAAUUAUGAAUUAAGCGUUGCUAAACCAAAAAGAGAUGUAAUGAAACCAAUCACCACAUUGCCUUGCUGAAGGUUUGUAAUAGAUAACAAGGGACAGUGAGUGAGUGAGUCGAUCCAUGGUCAAAUAAAUUAUAUAUUAAUAUAAUUUGGUUUUAAGAAAUUAUCUGUUAAGAAGAGUACCUGUACUACUCAUGUGUGUAAAGUUAUAGUCUGUGAAAGGCCUGUUUGACCAGACAGCAACUGAUAGAAUGGAGGAUGGUGACUCGUUCCAGCAGCUGUGAAGUCACAUAGGCUUACAACUUUACCUUAAGAAGAGAUACAUGUUUCCUGAUUCUUACUAAAUUAUUUAUGGGAAUAUCUUAUUCUGAAUCAUUGCAGAAAAAGAUUCUGGUGGAUACAGACAAAGUUGGUUCAAUUGCUCAGUAUUUUUGCUACAGCCCUAUGGAGACUGGAGUUCAGUAGGCAUAUAUUUUCUUUGUUAACUGUUUUAUCUCCCAUUUUGCCCUGUGUACUAGUUCAUGUUUAUAAAUGACUUACUGAGGUGUUCCUGUUUUACUGUUCUACAUGUAUACGAUGGUUUGUGAUGACGUUUUGGGUAUAUUCCAAGCCCCAAGAGGGUGGUGAUGCUGUUACUGCUACACUGCUGGUACAUUUGACAUGUCAGUUCCAGGCUGGAACAGUUGACUGUACCUCCCACGUCUCUGGGGACCAGAAGACUGUUGCCUUUGAUCAGAUGAAUUGUCUAGAGGACACUCUGAACAAAAUGGACAUAAAGUAUGGAUGUGUAACGGAAUCUCGACACAAACAUAUCAGCAGUUUAGCUCUCGUUGUUAUUUGUUUGUAAUUUCGUCUAAAUGUAGGUACUGGUACCUUUUUUGUUCGUUAUUACCAUUUUAAGAUGUUGGCUUUAAAGUGAACUUUUCCAUAGUUCAGAUAGUAUCAUAAAAAAACUAUUGGGUUUGUGUGCAGAGAUUUUUUUUGUAAAAAGGUGCUUUUGUAUAAAAUUAUAUAUCCUGGCUUUUCUUGGUACAGAAGUGUGAUAUCUUUUCAUAUCCAUGACAGUAAAGCAUUGGAGCAAGGGACAGAAAAGAAAACCUGCUAUGCGUAUGUGUUCUCUACUGCAUAUGGUAUUGUCUUUGCUCCGUAACAUUUUGAUGCCUUCUUGAUAAAGUGGUAGAUAUUUUGUAGCUUUCUAGAUACUUUGUAUGUAUACAAUAUUGAAGUUAAAUAAAUCAUGAAAAAUA